AUGCCCAGCAAAAUAAAUGGUGCUGGGACAAACGGGGUCAAGACAAAUGGUGCAAGCAUCCCCAAAUAUGACCCCGAUUUCACAGCUGCCGUGAUCAACCUCAUGGGCCCCAAAACCGCCCCAAGGACAAGACAGGUCUUGGGCUGCCUCAUCCGUCACAUCCACGACUUUGCUCGUGAAGUCGAUCUAACCAGUGACGAAUGGCUGAUGGGCGUGGACUUCAUAAACAACAUUGGCCAGAUUAGCACUCCCACAAGAAAUGAAGGACAGCGCAUCUGUGAUGUCAUUGGGCUGGAAACCCUCAUCGAUGAAAUCAGCCAGAGAUUUAUCCUAGAAUCUGGCGAUGACGUACCCACCUCUUCCUCUAUCCUCGGGCCCUUCUGGAGCCCGCACGCCCCCUUCCGCAAACUGGGCGAUAGCAUCAUCCGCAGCCCGCACAAUGGCCGGGUCGCCCUGAUGAGGGGCCGGGUCGCCGACGCAGUUACAAAAAGAGGCAUCCCCAACGCCGUCUUCGACAUCUGGCAAGCCUCCUCGAACGGCAAGUACGACUUCCAGGACCCAGACAACCAGGAACCCAACAACCUGCGCGGCAAGUUCCGCACUGGGCCCGACGGCUCCUAUCAUCUCUAUAUCCUCCAUCCAACCCCUUACUCGUUGCCCACUGACGGACCCGCGGGAGUCCUCUUGCAAUUGAUGGACAGGCACCCCUUCCGCCCCGCGCAUAUCCAUCUGAUGAUCACACACCCGGAGUACAAGAGCGUCACGACGCAGAUUUUCCCGCGUGACGAUAAGUAUCUAAGUAGCGAUACGGUGUUUGCGGUGAAGAAUGAUCUGGUUGUAGACUUCAAGCCUCUUGAGGGUGAUCCCUUAGCUGAGUUGGAGCUCGAGUAUACUAUCUGGCUGUCACCUAAGAGCAAGGUGGUUUCCAAUUUGUGA